GCCGAGCCGUGCCGGUCUCGGCCCGCCCUUUCCCAAAGCCGAGCGCACCGCCCACCCCCACCCUGUAAUCACUAGAUGCCGCACUACGCCGGGCAGGCUGCACAGCAUCACGGCCCGGCCAUGGCCACCGUGCCACAAGUGCGAGUGCUGCUGCUGCGCGCUCUGCUCGCUGCUGCUACGUUCGCAUGCGCCGCGGCGGCGGCGGGGAGCAACAAGGUGCCGGCGAUCUACGUCUUCGGGGACUCCACGGCGGACGUGGGCAACAACAACUACCUGCCGGGCAGCGCCGUGCCGCGGGCCAACUUCCCGCACAACGGCGUCGACUUCCCGACGUCGAGGCCCACCGGAAGGUUCAGCAAUGGCUACAACGGCGUCGACUUCUUGGCUAUGAACAUGGGCUUCAAGCGCAGCCCCCCGCCAUUCCUCGCCGUGGCCAACAAAACCAACAAGCAGGUCUUCAGGGGUCUACUGGGAGUGAACUUCGCCUCUGCAGGAUCAGGCAUUCUUGACACGACAGGGAGCUCCAUCAUCCCGUUGAGCCAGCAGGUCGAGCAGUUCGACGCCUUGCAGCGCAACAUCUCCGCGCGCAUCACCCAGGGGGCGGCCGACGCCGUGCUGUCGCGAUCGGUGUUCCUCGUCAGCACCGGCGGCAACGACCUCUUCGCCUUCUUCUCGCGGAACAGCACGCCGUCGGACGCCGACAAGCAGCGGUUCGUCGGCAACCUCGUCUCGCUGUACCAGAACCAUGUCAAGGCACUGUACGUGCUCGGCGCGAGGAAGUUCGCGGUGAUCGACGUCCCGCCGAUCGGGUGCUGUCCGUACCCCAGGAGCCUGCACCCGCUCGGUGCCUGCAUCGACGUCCUCAACGAGCUGGCGCGCGGGUUCAACAAGGGCGUCAGGGACGCCAUGCACGGCCUCGGCGCGAGCUUCCAGGGACUCAAGUACUCCGUCGGGAGCUCCCACGCCGUCGUGCAGAGCAUCAUGAAGCACCCGCAAAGGCUCGGGUUCAAGGACGUCACGAACGCGUGCUGCGGGUCGGGGCGGUUCAACGGCAAGUCCGGGUGCACGCCCAACGCGACGCUGUGCGACAACCGGCACGAGUACCUGUUCUGGGACCUGCUGCACCCGACGCACGCCGCCUCCAAGAUCGCCGCCGCGGCCAUCUACGACGGCUCGCUCCACUUCGCCGCGCCGAUAAACUUCAGGCAGCUGGUGGAGGACCAGUGCUAGGCAACUAGAUAGCCGGGGCACGAGGCCCCGUGUAACCGUGUACCGUGUUGUUUGUGCCAUGGUGAUAUUGGUGUUUAGGAUACGCGUCUCUUGUGUUCACUCUGUUCCUGGUGGUUUGGAUGGUGCUGGGCUGAUGGCGGCGGUGUGUGUGGUUUGGACUCGGAGAUAACAUGUCACCUCUCGUGAUCUCUGUGAUAAUCUGAACGAAUUGGGUGCAGGUGCAGAGCGUGUUCGUAGACGCGUGACUAUGAUUGGACCCUCUUAA